UCUUUGUUAAAAUUAAAUAAAAUAUAUGUUUGGGUGGAGAAAUUGUUUCAUUGGUUAGUUGAAAAUUUAAUGGAGACUUUAACCAAAAGAAUUUUUUAACAAUUUUGCUUUAAAUGUUUAAUAUUUAUUUGUUGUUUGUUCUAACAAAUCAGUCAUAAAAAAAUCCAAAGAUAUUCAAUAAGGGAGUAAGAAAUUAGCUCGAAAUAGAAUCGAAUACGAUGUUUAAUAACGACGAUCUGUAUUUAGAUAAUUUAUCAAUGGAACAAAGAAGAAAAGUCCUGCGGCAACCAAGAGCAGAGCCGCAAGGGCAAGAAAAUCUUCAAGAAAAUGGUACAACAAAAUUAAAAAAUGAAAAUCAUCAUGUUAAUCGACCGACUGGUAAACAACGUUCAAAUGAUCAUGCAAAGCAAUACGCUAGCCGUAGUCUUUCUGAAGCUAGAAAUCCAGUUUUGAUACAAUCUAGUCCGACAGGUACUGCUAAUCGUAAUUCAUUAAAAAAAAUCAAUUCUAAUCGCUCUCUCAUGGAUAUUUCACCGACAUCAUAUAACACAUUAAUUAUACAUAAUGAUGAUUCAUUAAAUACUUUAUCAGGUAGAGUGGAUUUACAAUCGAAUGCAGCACAAAAAGAGCGGCCACGUCCAUAUGGUGAACCUGGUUUACAAGAAAUUACUGAAAUUCCAGAUGAUUAUUUAAAACAGAGUCAUGUUUUAAAGCAUUUAGCAAAAGAAAUCAAAGCUCCUUCAACAAUUAAAAAUUCAAAAUAUAACACGACUACUCGAGAUAAUAUGGUAACUGGAAAACUUGAAAUAAAUAUUGGUAGAAAUUUAAUUGAUUGGCAACAUCAUCAUCAUCAUCUUCAAUACCAUUCACAUCAAUAUCAAUUGAGUAAUUUACAAAAACUAAAACGAAGUCGAAGUUAUCCUGAAAUGACAAAAUUAUCGUGGAAUGCUGAAAUUGAAAAUUUAUCAAAAGAAAAUAUUGAACUAAAAGAACAAUUAUUUCAAUGUCGUAUGAAAGUUGCAAAAACACAAAAACUCGAAGAAGAAGUCUCGAAUAUAUACGAAGCUUAUAAUGAUUUGGUAAUAUCCUGUGAAAGAAGAGAAAAAUUAGAGAAUAUGGCUAGAAUUAAAUUACAAGAUAAUCUUGAAAAGGUGAACGCCAUGAAUAGGGCACUUAAAGAUCAGGUAGAUGUUCUAAAAACUCAAUUAUUAGCCCCGGCCGAAAAUCAAAUUUUAAUAGCACAACUGUUUUCACAAAAUAAAGAACUUCUAGCAGCGAAAGAACGGCAAGAUAUUGAAUUAGCUGCACAAGCAGCAACUCUUCAAGAACAAAGAACUCAUAUCGGUAUAUUGGAUACUGCUUUGAAUAAUGCCCAAAGAAAUAUUCGACGACUUGAAGAUGAAAUGCGAAAAAAACAAAUGCAUAUUGAACGUUUAAUACAAAUACAAAAUCUUGACACCAAAGAUAUUAAAAAUAGCAGCGGUAGCAGUACUGCAACAAGAGAAACACCAAAAUGGCAAUUUUCAGAAAAUGCUAAUCAAUUAUUACGACUCGGAAGUGAACAACGUAAUUUUAGUGAACAAAGAAGUUUUGGUGAUCAAUCAUCUGUUGUUGUUAGACCAAAUACAUCAAAAUUGUCAUUAGAACGUAAUCAUCAAAAAACUGAAACUGAACGUAUUAUUGCUGAAGCAAAACAAGACAAACAAUUUCUGGAAGAAGUACAUUCAGCUCAACGUAAAGUUGGUGAUUUGCAGGCACAUUUAAAAGGAUUAGAAAAUAAGUUGGCUGAAAAAAAUAUUUGUGGUUCAUCAUUUGAUUCGUAUAAUUUAAAUGCUGAUGGUUAUCCAUUAAGACCAAUGUGCUUUAAUAAUACAUCAUUUAAAGGUUCAAAUGCAUCAUUUAAUGCAUCAUCUGAAUCCCAUACACCAACAUUGUUAGACUCUUCCCCAACAACUUCUUAUCCACCAACAUCAAGUUUAACUACAAAUAAUAAUAAUUAUAGUCCAAGUUUAUUAAAUGAUGUUGUUAAUGUCGUAACAACGUCAUCAAAUUAUCAAAAUAAAAGUCCAAAUUCAUCAUUUAAUCAUCAAAAUUCAGUUAAUCGUAAAAUAAAUGUUGUAGGUGGAAAUCUUGUUGGUAGUAAUUAUCCACCAAAAAGUCCAUCAAAUUUUUCAACAAGUUUUGAUGCAAACUUUUCACAAAUUUCUCCAAAUUAUAAAACAUCGUUAUCACCAUAUGAUUAUAAUACUUUUGACGAACGAUUAAGAAAAAAAUAAACUUUUAUAUUCGAAACGAAAUUAUUCAGAGAAAACAAAAAUAAUCAAUCCAAAAAAAAUCAAUCCAAAUUUAAAUUUAUACAAAAAAAUACAUACAUACAUUUGCGGCGUAACGUGUAACAAUAACUUUCCAAAAAUAUAUUGUAAAAUUUUGAAAUGACGUGCCUUCAUAUAAGAAUAAAAAAAUUUUUGUACUUUUGAUACAUGUUGUAUUAUAGCGAGUGAUUUGAAUAAAAUAAAUAGUCCUUUUAGCUCUUUGAACAGGGCAAGUUUUUUUAAGAACAGGGUAUUAAAAAAAAUUUACUUUUGGACCGUUACUAUUAUGUACGUAAUAACACGAUAGGUUUAUUUAAAUGCAACCCAUUGGAUUAAAAGCUUUCAUUUUUUUGAGUACCAUAUGACAGAGUGAAAAACAGGUAUAACAAACCAAAUGAUGAAAAUCAGUUAAAUUUACUUCACAGAAGUUUAUUAAUUUAUGUAAUGAAUUCAACGUAGAGAUUUAAACAAUAUAAUACCAACUUAGAAAUUGAUUGGUCCAAAAUAAUUGUCGAAUUUAAAUUUUUUUUACUAAUUUUAUAGUACAAACAUCUUUAAAAUACUUUAAAAAUAACAGCAAAACAAUAGCAAAACUUGAAAACAGUUUAAAAAUUUCGGCUAAAAUAUUUCUAUACAAAAUGUGAAUGUGAUUUUAAGGAAAAGUUAUUUUUUCGUCACUCAUUCUGGCAUUUCCAAGCUAAUGUAUUAGAUCAAUUUGUAUAUUUUUGUAAAUAAAAAUAUUUUGAAAAUAAUUGAUUCUCGUACAUUUUUCAUAUAAGUAUAUGUAUGUGCAUAAGUAUACAUGAAAAAUAUUUUAAAAUAAAAUUUUACAUUUUAUUUUUAGUUUAGUGUGAAUUUAAAAUAAUUUGUAAGAUUUAAUUUAAUAAUCAAACUUUUGGACACGAUAUGGAAGAUUACAAUGGAUAUUUAUAAAUUGAUAAAAAAUAUCUAUAAAUAUUUAAAAAAAAUUAAUAAAAUUAAAUAAGUAUAAAUUUUAAUUGUAAAAUUCAAUUUUUGCUAUGUAUUCUGUUAUUUAGGUCUUAUUAUUUUCUACACAUUGGUCACAAAGUAUAUUAAUAGCUAAUUAUUACUAGUUUUAUGAGUAUAAAAUUUUAUGAAUGUUAUAAGAAAUAGUUAUGCCUUCCACGUAUUCUGCAUAUUACACUCCUUUAUAUGAGAUAUGUAGAAAAAUUUCAUAAAACAUAAUCAUAAAACUAAGUAAAGGAAAUGUAAGUCUUUAUAAAUUGAUUGCAGAUUUAAAGGCCGGAUACAUUUUUACUUUUUUGGUAUUAUAGAUAUAUAUAAAUAUAACUGUUAUUUAACUAUUAAUUUAUAAUUAAUAAUUAUAUUUACAAUUUCAUAAGAAAAUAUAUAUAUUUGGAUUGAUAUUUUCAUUAUUAUACACAAAACAAUUAUUUUGUAAAAUAAAACUGUCAAUAAAUAAACCAUUGUUGAUAUUGUACUCCCGAAUUUAAAUGAAAAAUCUGCUAUAAUUUGAAAUUAGUAAUUCAAUAAAAUGCCUUA